ACCUGUGGAAAGAAGAGAUGGUUUGAGGUUUAAUGUUAAACUUGUUAAUGCACUCAGGAUUCCCAAAAACCGGUGGCCCGACCAGUUGUGUCCGACGUUGUAUGGAUAUGUCGAACUUAACUCAAGUCCUUCCGUGCUCGACGUGGGGCGCCGAUGAUCAGCUGGUGUUGCGGGCGUUGAAGGCCGAGCUGAGCGCCCCGAUUGGCUCGGUCUGUUUUCGGGGUGCCAGCUCAGCCCGAGGUUGUGUGGUCCACCCCUCGGCGCUGGCUGUGUUUGCGGGCAGUGUUCCCCCAGACAGUCCGUCUGCCACUUCCCCCCCUCCGCGUCUCAAAACCAGACACCAACCUCAAAAACUAGAAACCAGUGGAGUUCAUCAACUUCACCACAUCCUCAUCAAGCAUCAAACUAAUCCUGUCAAAAUCUCUCCAACUAACUAA